AUGGCAGAAUGUCUGAAAUGGGUAGGAAAUUUCAUGAUUGAUGAAGUAUGGCUUUCGAAAAAGAUAAAUGACGUUAUCGUUGAUAAAGAUGACCAGUGGAGAAUCAAGUUAUUCAAUGACAUCAUAUCAGAAAUAGGCGAAAAUUUUAAAUACAAAAGUACCCCAUGUAAAACAGUUUUCGGGAAUGGAGCAGAUACGGAAGAUGUGAAUGAUCAGACGAUAACAUACAAUAGUGAUUCAAAUAACGAAUUAACAGUCUCAGAAAAUUCGAAGACUAAUGAAACGACAUCAGCAUUAAUCCGAAAUUUGAAGUUAGGUAAAACGACGGAUAAUUGCGCGUCAUUGAAUGACAAAGAAAUAAUUCAGCUGUUAAAUUUUGGACAUUUAAAACAGCGAGAUUUAGAACAAAAAUUAAGUUAUGAUUUUCUCCGUGCUGUUUCAUUGCGAAGGUCACAUUUUUAUGAGACGGCCAAUAUAUCAUUCCAAAAUCUACCAUUCCAGCAGUAUGACUACAGUUACGUGAACGGAUCAUGCUGCGAAAAUGUUAUUGGUUAUGUUCCGGUACCGACGGGAAUUGUUGGCCCAUUAUUAGUGAAUGGGCGUAAAUGUUUCGUACCAAUGUCUACAACGGAAGGUGCUCUUGUCGCUAGUACCAACCGUGGUUGUCGUGCAGUCUUUGAAUCUGGCGGUGUAACUGUUCGGAUGUAUAGGGAUGGAAUGACGCGUGCGCCAGUCGUUCAGUUUGCAAAUGUCGCUAGGACGCUCGAGAUGAAGGAUUUUCUAGAUUCAUCAACCGGUUUCGAGGAAAUCAAAGCUGUUUUUGAUUCAACAAGCAGUUUUGCGAGACUACAAAGGCUUGAGACAGAUAUCACUGGUCGUCUGUUAUUUAUAAGAUUUGAAGCUAAAACAGGUGAUGCGAUGGGUAUGAAUAUGGUUUCAAAAGGUACAAAUGCAGCAUUAUCAUAUCUAAAGCAGAAAUGUCCCGAAAUGGAGGUAUUGUCGUUAUCUGGAAAUUACUGUGUAGACAAAAAAGCUAGCGCGAUUAAUUGGAUUAAAGGACGUGGGAAAUCGGUGGUUGCUGAGGCAGUAAUUUCAGCUGCAGUGGUACAAACUGUCCUUAAAACUACGGUUGAUGCACUGGUACGAUUAGGACAGGCAAAACUAUUGAUUGGUUCCUCCAUGGCUGGCACUAUUGGUGGUUGGAAUGCGCAUGCAGCUAACAUUGUUGCAGCCAUAUUUAUUGCGACUGGACAGGAUGUUGCUCAGGUUGUAUCUAGUAGUAUGUGUUUAACUACAAUGGAAAAAACUGAGCUUGAUGAUUUGUAUAUUUCCUGUAGCAUGCGUUGCCUAGAAGUUGGAACUGUUGGAGGUGGUACAAUAUUACCAGCUCAAAAUGCAUGUUUGCAGAUGAUGGGUUGCGUAACAGCAACUUCAGUCCCCGGUGAAUGUGCGAAACAUUUGGCAGAAAUUAUCUGUUCAACAGUGCUAGCGGGUGAAUUAUCGCUUUUGGCUGCGCAGUGUUCGAAUGAUCUCGUUAAAAGUCACAUAAGGCUUAACAGGUCUACCAGAUGUUUGAUGACGUCUGCGGAUUCUGUAUGUGAUUCUCGACAUGAAUCAAGCUCAGUAACCCAUGACAACGAUCAACAGAAGAAAGUAAGGGUAGAAAUCUCAUUUCGGGAUCAUCCCGCAGAGAAGCCCGUUAAAUUUGAAAUGCAGUGCUCCAAUAUUUUGUGA